CGAGUACAGAUUUUGAUGCUUCAUGUUGGUACCGUGCUCCGACAUGAAUAGAUGGCUACAACCAAAGAUGAUUAAAGAAGAUAGCAUGGUAGCAGAUCUGCAAGAGGCGGUGACAUCGCGCUAUCGGUAGCCGACACGCCCCGCUAUCAAUCCUCCGCUGGCCGCUCUACCGCAAUCUGGAUCCUGCGAUAUACUAUACCUUCCAUUCUUAUCACUGGCUCUGUAUGAAGGAUCGCACGAUACAGUAAGCCUGUAAGUAUGAAGAGACACAGAUAAGCUACUUCGGCCUUUUGAGAAUUUUCCACCUGGCCUUUUGCGUCUUGCGUUUCCGAAAUAUGGCAGAAAAGAGAAACGACAGCAGUGUUCUUGCGCUGGAUACUUACGGCGAUGUGAAAGGCGACGUACACGAUGCCGAUGACUUGAGGCUCCAACAGAUGGGUCAUACCCAAGAGCUUUCUCGGCAUUUCAGCAUGCUGAGUCUCAUUGGACUUGCGUCGACAUGCACGAUAUCGUGGACAGGACUUGGCCUUGGAUUGGCCACAGAGAUCGGAGCCGGCGGACCUGGCGCUGUCAUCUAUGGCUUUAUCCUGAUCGCCUUACUGCAGUCUUUUCUUGGUGCUUCGCUGGCCGAGUUUGUCUCAAGCUACCCAACAAGUGGCGGGAUGUAUCACUGGAUCGCCGCUGUCUCACCUGAAAGAUCGAGAGGCUUCCUCAGUUUCAUGACUGGAUGGUUCACGGUCACUGGCUGGAUUUUCACGACCGCCUCGACGAACCUGAUCUACGCUCAAAACUUCAUGGCCCUUGUUGCUCUGUACCGUCCGCAUAUGACCAUACAAACGUGGCAGACCUUCCUCGUAUACCAGGUCUUGAAUUUGAUCACAGCUGCGAUUGUCAUCUGGGGCAAUAAGAUCAUUCCGGCUUUGAACAAGUUCUCGCUGUUCUACCUUCAGAUCGGUUGGUUUGUCGUCAUGGUCACCGUCGUUGCAUGCGCUCCUACACACCAGGACUCCGAGUUUGUCUUCAGAACAUGGAUCAAUGAGACUGGAUGGGAAAAUCAAGUCAUCUGUUUCAUUACUGGUCUCGUAAAUCCCCUUUACAGUUUGGGUGGUCUUGACGGCGUCACCCAUCUGACAGAGGAGAUGCCCAACCCGUCCAGGAACGCGCCACUAGCGAUCGCCAUAACCCUUUGUAUUGCCUUCGUUACUGGCAUCACAUAUCUCGUCGCCCUGAUGUUUUCGGUGCAAGACUAUGCGGCCUUGUCGAGCACCAACACUGGUCUACCUCUCGCAGAGCUAUUCAGACAAGUCACCAGAAAUGCUGGAGGAGCAUUUGGGUUGACGUUCAUUCUGUUCAUCGCAUUGGGUCCAUGUGUUAUUUCGUCUCAGCUGUCGACAGGUCGCAUGUUUUGGGCUUUCUCGCGAGAUGGCGCUAUACCAUUCUCAAGCACUUGGUCGAAAGUCAACCAUCGGUUGCAGAUGCCUAUGAACUCACAACUCGCAGUCACGGCCAUUGUCGCUGCUCUAGGGUGUCUGUAUCUUGGAUCCAGCACGGCCUUCAACUCCUUGCUUGGGUCGGCGGUCACAAUCAACAACUGUGCUUACAUGGUCCCUAUCCUGACAAAUCUACUCACUGGAAGGAGAAAUAUGUACAAAGGCGUGUUCCACAUGGCUGGGGUCAAAGGUUUCGUGGUCAAUGCGGUGACGGUUUGCUGGUUGGCGUUUGCCAUUGUCUUUUUCUCAUUCCCAUACUACAAGCCUGUCACUGCUGCCAACAUGAACUAUACAUGUCUUGUAGUCGGUGGUCUCACAUUGUUUCAAUUGGCCUGGUACCUCAAGGCCCGCGGCCGGUACAACGAGAGAAUCCAACGAGCGAAGGAAGAAUAGAUCAUGGGACGCAGAGUGAUUGUGACAAGAUGAGGAGUCAUCUUCGAAGAAGUCGAACGUGACUCAACGUGGGUUGGGGGAACAGAAAUUGUCCCCAGAUCGACGUCCCCGGCCAAACACGGUGUGUCGAACUAGCUAUCAAAUUGCAAGAUGUUUAUAAUUCUCAGGUAGCUGUCCGCUGAG